GCCUUUGCUGUACUAGGAACCUUAUUUUUCGUUACACGGCGGUUUGCUUGGCAGAAGCCUCUCAGCUUUGUUUGCGGCGGCUUUAUAAUCUUAGCUACCUCACAAGAUGAUAGCAUAGCUUUAUUUUGCGCGACUAUACCUAAUUUGGGAGGGUCGUGUGCAAGACUCACCGACAAGGGUCAAGAUGGCCUUUCUUCAGCGCUUAGCGUCUGGAAUUAAAGAAGGCUUGGUGUCAUUUACAGAGCCCCAAAGCCGUAGAAGUAGUGAGUUCCUAGGUCGCGGUCUACAAAAGCAGUCCAGUCGAGGGAACCGUCCAACCAGCGUAUCGAUAGACCUCUUGGAGUCGCACGUCAAGGAUGCAAUAGCCACUUUUGUCCGCGAGAAGUUCGACAAGGGCGAGGCCAAGCCUCACGUCUUCACACAGUUCUGGCUGCAAUUCCCAAAGCUUGAAGCCGGAUUUGAAGUGCUGCGACGACAGCUGGAGAGCCGUACCGGCAGCCGCGAGGGCCCACUGCCCCUGGAGCUGCUGCGAUCCAAUUCUAGGGAUUUCGGACUGGAUGAGUCAUCGGCUGUCGUACAAGAGUUGUGCAGCAAGGCGCUGUCGCACAAGUGCCGUGAGAUUGACUUUGUGGGCCUUGUGAUGUUGCUGCUGGUGGUCCACCUCACGGAGCCGCCCGCCGCCCUGGCGCACCUGCACCCGGGCGUGCGCACCAUGCUGGGGUGCCUGGAGCUCGCGUUCACGCACUUCAACUCCGCUCGAAGGGGCAAACUAGACAAGCGAGAGGUCGCGGAGGCGCUGCAGUACGAGUCCGCCAAGGCUCACGCGCGGGAGGGGCGCGGCGGCCGCACCAGCAACCGCCUGGCGCACCGGCUGUUCGAGGGACUGGACUGGGAGUACGACAACACCAUCUCCUUUGAAAACUUCCUGCGCGGCAUCUUGCAGCUGGUGCAGGACGAAUUCGGGGAGGAGGAGGAGGAGGAAGGGGAGGCAGGCAGGGCGGGGCAGGGCGAGGCAGGCGACAGGCUGGGGGCGGAGGGCGCCUCUUGGCACGGCACCGCCUCCGAGCCGCGGGCCCCGCGGUUCUCUACCUGCUCGGAUGGAUCUGCUUUGGGAGCUUCAGCAGCGGGAAGAGGAGGAGCAGGGGGAGCAGCAGGAGGAGGUGAGAGGCGGGCGAGGGCGAAUAGCGCGACGGGGAUGACGGGUGCUGCUGCGGCAGCUGCGGCAUCAGCGCCCGUGACUGGGAGUGGAGGAGGAGGAGGUGGAGGCAGUAGCAGCUCCUCGGCUUUCAGUAGGUCGUCUAGUCUGGUGGCGGGGUUGCGGAAUGUGCUGCGCAAGUCGGAUGUGGG